AAAUUCCUGCAGGUCUCCAAGGAAACAAUUCGUCAUCGUAACCAGAGAUCUUCGAAAAAUAACCACGAAAUCUGGUUCGCAAACAAAAGAACUGUUCCGCCUUCGGGCUGUUCGUUUCUUGGCAGGCGCGCUCGGCCGUUUCCGUGGCGCGCGUUCGGGUACUUCCGGCACCCCGCUUCGGCUCCCGUCGCGCUCGGUGCUUUCCGCCUUUUCCCGGGGUGCAGUCGCGUUCGAAGGGGGGUCCGUUUCUGGACAGAGGAGACGAGGACGGGGUCCAGAGCACCCGCCCAGCCCCUGAGCGGCCUUGAUCCACCGCGCCCCGUCUCCUCAGCCGCCCUCCUGCCCAGGCCGGAUUAUGCUUCUCACGUUCUCCCUUUGCUCCAUCAUCUGGUUGAAUCGUGGCUUCAAAUUACGGGAAAGGGGCUGCACCUAGGUGCGCGGCGGGGUCUCGGCUCGCCCCCGCCCCCAGCCCUCCCCCCUCGCCGCUCGGCCUGCUCGGCCUCGGGGAGCCCAUGGGGAGCGCCGAGGGGUUCCAGUACCGGGCCCUCUACCCGUACCGGUCGAUCCUCCCGGAGCUUUCGGAGCAGUUUGUCCCCCCUGAUGUCGCCCCUCCGCUCCUGUGCCGGCUGGUGGAUGCCAUUGAAAAGAAGGGGCUGGAGAGCAAGAUGCUGUACAGGGCACCAGGGGCUGAACUGAGGCCAGCGCUGAGAACCGACUGGGCAGCGGCUGGCGACUUGGAGGCGUACGACGUGCUGUCCCUCGGCGAAGCCCUCAAGGGAUACCUGCAAGAGCUGCCGACCCCAGUGGUGCCCGACAGAGUCCACGGCGAGAUCCUGCGGGUGCUGCAGGAUGCCAGCCAGCCGGAGCGCGACCGGGCGCAGCUGCUGUCUGUGCUGGAGCCCCCCAGCCUGCCGCUGCCCCAUCUCCUCACCCUCCAGUUCCUCCUGCGCCACUGGGCGAAAGUGGCCGAGCAAGCGGAGAGCAACGGGCUGCGGCCCUGGGCCCUGGGCGAGAUCUUCGGUCCCCUGCUCCUUCGGCGGCCUGCUGGGGCCAGCACCGAGACGGGCCCCGACUUCUCCGUGCUCUUCCUGGAGGCUCUUCUGCAGACCACGGAGCCCAGGCUGGAGCAGCCCCCUCCAGCGCUGCCCCCCAAGCCCCCCAAGCCCAAGCCGACGGCAGCAGUCCUGGCCAAUGGGAAUGGUGUGACUCUGCAGGAUGCCGAGUGGUACUGGGGCGACAUCUCCAGGGAGGAAGUGAACGAGAAGCUCCGAGACACUCCCGAUGGGACGUUCCUUGUCCGGGAUGCAUCCAGCAAGAUCCAGGGCGAAUACACUCUGACGCUGCGGAAAGGGGGCAACAACAAGCUGAUCAAGAUCUUCCAUCGGGAGGGCCAGUACGGCUUCUCGGAGCCGCUGACCUUCGGCUCCGUGGUGGAACUCAUCAGCCACUACCGGCACGAGUCUCUGGCCCAGUACAACGCCAAGCUGGACACGCGGCUGCUGUACCCCGUCUCCAAGUCCCAGCAGGACCAGGUGGUGAAGGAGGACAGCGUGGAGGCCGUGGGGGAGCAGCUGAAGGUCUACCACCAGCAGUACCAGGACAAGAGCCGCGAGUACGACCUUCUCUACGAGGAGUACACGCGCACCUCGCAGGAGCUGCAGAUGAAGAGGACGGCCAUCGAGGCCUUCAACGAGACCAUCAAGAUCUUCGAGGAGCAGUGUCAGAUCCAGGAGAAGUGCAGCCGGGAGUAUAUCGAGCGGUUCCGGAGGGAGGGGAACGACAAGGAGCUGCAGCGGAUCCUGAUGAACUCGGAGAAGCUGAAGUCCCGCGUCUCCGAGAUCCACGACAGCAAGAGGAAGCUGCAGCAGGACCUCAAGCAGCAGGCCUCCGAGAACCGCGAGAUCGACAAGCGCAUGAACAGUCUCAAGCCCGAUCUGCUGCAGCUGCGCAAACUGCGGGACCAGUAUCUGGUGUGGCUGACUCAGAAGGGGACCCGCCAGAAGAAGAUCAACGAGUGGCUGGGCAUCAGGAAUGAGAGUGAGGACCAGUACUUUACGAUGGAGGACGAGGAGGAGCUGCCCCAUCACGAGGAGCGGACGUGGUACGUGGGCAAGAUCAACCGCACCCAGGCCGAAGAGAUGCUGGCCGGCAAGCGGAACGGGACCUUCCUCAUCCGGGAGAGCAGCCAGCGCGGCUGUUACGCCUGCUCGGUCGUGGUGGAUGGCGACACCAAGCACUGCGUGAUCUACAAGACAGUGACCGGCUACGGCUUCGCCGAACCCUACAACCUCUACGCCUCCCUCAAGGAGCUGGUCUUGCACUACAAGCACACCUCGCUGGUGCAGCACAACGACUCCCUCAACGUCACGCUGGCUCACCCCAUCCUCUCUCCACCCCUCCCCAGAUAAAGGGACACGCGUGGCUUCCCCCACCGCCUUUCGAUCCCCUCCGCCCCACCCCUGUCUCUCAUGCCGCCAGGCCUUCCCGCUGAAAAGGACUCCUUUGCAACGCCUUAACCUUGGAUGGGGGAGGGGGGGGUCAAAGGCACUGGGAGCAAAGCCCCUUCCAGCUGCCCCCCCCAAAAGGUUUCCACUUUGAGACCCCCAUCUCCCCACUGCCGCCGGCCCCCCACAUGCAUGUUUGUGUCGGUGUGGAGAAAGGUUGGUGAGCCCUCUCCUCCCCAGGUUCUUCUUCCCUGUUCACGCCCCUCGGCGUUUUGGCGCUACGGGCCCUCCCCCCACACACACCUGCCCAGAAAGCAGAGAAGUUCCGCCGAGGGGGGGGGUCCCCAGAUCUCAGUUGGCUGCUGUGCCCCCCAAGUUUGCCUCCAAGCCCUGGCCCCUCAGUUGUUGGUGCUCAUCUGACCCUGAGGCCAGAAAAGCUGUGAACUGUUUUUGGUCCAAGCUUGCCCCUCCAGUCUCACGUGCAGGCUGGCGGCUCUGCAGCCUCCCUGGUGCCGCCACCGCCUCCUCCUCCGCAGCCCUUUUGGGAGCUCUUAAAACUGCACCACCGAGGGAGAAGGGAGCAGUGUUGCAACUGGGCCUCCGGAGGGCGUCGGAGGAGGCCCCAACCCGCAAUGGGAUCGGGCAGGAGGGACACUCCCCUGCUCCUGCAUCUUUCCGGCAAACUCCGUGUCUGGUGGGCAGGGCCGGCUCACCCACUAGGCAAACUAGGCAUUCGCCUAGAGCGCCAGGCCCUG